AUGUCUGGCGCCGCCGUCUUUCACAACACCGCCGCCCCGGCCAACAAGCAGCUGCACCUCUUCUACAACACCGACAAGCAGAACCUGGGCCUGCAGCUGCGCGAUGAAGCCAAGACCUCAGACGAGACCGAGGCCUACGUCGCCACCGACGCCGACCAGACCGGCAUCGUCAUCAACCCGGCCCAGGUCACCACCACCAACCUGACCGGCAUCGACCUCGUCGUCGGCUUCACCGCCAAGCCGCCCCCCAAGGUCGGCGAUGCCACCCAGAACGACGUGUCCAUCAUCAGCCCGAUUUAUCAGCCCCUGGCUGCCACCGAGCUGGGCAACAUCACCAUUGCCAGCACCUCGUCGCCCCAGACCGCCUGGGUCUACUACCUGACCGGCACCGACUACAACACGACGGCGAUCAACGAAAUCUCCCUCGGCGAGGAGUCCCCCGGCAGCUUCGACAACACGGUCAAGAUCCUGCCCGGCACCUCCCUGGCCGCGUACUACGUGCCCGGCGACAAGCCCGAGGACGACGGCAACCGCUACAUCAUCUACCAGGCCAACCACCCCAAGCGCCUGCACGAGUACUCGCCCAACACCGAGCAUGUCUGGGACCAGGAACUCGUCAACUCAAACGACGUCAAAGACAAUUCCACCCUCGCCGUGGCCUACAUCGACGGCAAGACCUACCUCUACUACGUCGACACCAGCGACCAGAUCCGCGUCAUCGUCAAGGACGACAGCGGCUGGGGCGGCUCGAACCCCGUGAACGUGGCCCACGCCCCCAUCGACACCCAGAGCCAGCUGACGGUGGUUGCAGCGGACAAUGGCAACCAUUUGUUUUACAUUGCGCUCGGUGAGAAGAGCAAGUACAAGUUCCAGCAUAUUUUGCACGCGCGCAAGUGA